GGAGGCUCGGACUGGGAAUCGGCCAUUGUCGCGGUCGGAGCUGGGCGAGUAAGAAGGCGGCGGCCAUGGCGUACGGCGGUCUGGCGGUGCCCAUCACCGUCAUGACUGUUUUCUGGGCAGUGGUCGGCGGGGUCCUCCCGUGGUUCGUGCCCAAAGGGCCUAAUAGAGGUGUUAUCAACACAAUGCUGGUGACAUGCUCUGUUUGCUGCUACCUCUUUUGGCUGAUUGCAAUCCUGGCUCAACUCAACCCCCUUUUUGGACCACAGCUAUCGCGGAACGUGAUCUGGUAUCUUAACCUUCACUGGCAUUGAGGAUAUCCACUUCUUCCACAGUGGGCUAUGAAAAGACUCUCUGUAAAGCUCCAUUGAUCCAAAGGUGCCUUUAACAGACACAGAACCAUCCAGGACUACUUUAAUGCCUUAUUACUUGAUCUGUUAAGAAAAAAUUGCUUAAAACACUUCCUGGUUUUUUUAUACCUCUGAAAGUGCCUGUCUCUCCUUUUCUUCCUGCCAUGAGGGCAGCUGGAAUGGAGCACUGUCUCACUCGGAAUGUGGCUUGUCUUCCAGUCUUGGGAUUGUCUGCUGAAUAAUUUUAUGAGCAUAGACUGUUGUGUAUCUUAAAAUAUUCAUGGCUGCCUAUGAAGAUGAGAGAUUGUAUCUCAAAUCUGGAAUAAAGUUUUUUUUUCCUUAUUGUCA